UUCUAUUAUAACAUGAAAGAUCCCUUUUUUUUGUCUAAUAAUAAAAAAAAAAAUUAUAAAAAGUCAGAUGCUUCGGAGGAGGAUUCUGAUGCUUUGGAAAGUGAAACGGAAAAAGACAGAGCUGAUGAUGAUAUAUUAGAAAAAGAAGAUUUCGAAACUCCUUCUGAAAAACGUAUCCAUCUUGCAAAAGAGUACUUAUCAACAAUUUCUAAAGAGGAAGCAGCUGGAGAUUUAGAAAAUAGUAGAUUAACUGUACACGAAAGAAUAUCUCACCGUUUAAAGCGGGAACAAGAAGAAAAAGACAGGAAAGUAACUAAAACUUUGGCUCAUUUGUACACGAACGCCUUUGAGGAGAGCAAAGUAUUAACUUUAAAAGGCCACCGGCUUCCGGUGACUUGCGCUAUUAUUUCUUCUGAUGAGAAAUACAUUUAUUCUGGAUCAAAAGAUUCUACAAUAAUUAAAUGGUCUGCCAAGAGUGGACGCAAAAUUUGUAGAAUAAUUGGUGGGAAAAAAGGGAAGGCUUUUGGGGGGCAUACUAAAGAAAUUUUGGCUUUAGCUUUGUCUACGGAUGGGAAGUAUUUGGCGUCUGGAGGUAAAGAAGAUGUAAUAUUUAUAUGGAAUGCCGUUAACAAUUGUGAACUUUUACACGUUUUUAAAGGACACAGAGGCCCAAUUUCAAGUUUAGCAUUUCGUUCAGGGAGCAACACCUUGUACAGCGCUUCGUUUGAUCGGACUAUCAAGAUUUGGGAUGUGGAUUCUUUUUUAUUUAUUGAGCAGCUUUUUGGCCAUCAGGAUUCUGUUAUGUGCGUUGACACGCUAUCGAGAGACAGGGCCAUUUCCGUAGGCGGCCGGGACCGUUCGUUGCGCUUGUGGAAGAUUUCGGAGGAAAGUCAACUCGUUUUUGACUCCAAAGGCCACGUGGGCAACAUUGAGUGCUGUUGUAUGAUUAACGAGAAUACUUUUGUCACCUGCGGAGAAGAUGGAAAAAUUCUUUUAUGGACAACUUCAAGGCGACGUCCUUUUUUUACUCAAACUUCGGCGCAUGGCAUGCGGCACUCUAAAUCGGAAAAUACUCAUAAUCAUAACAAUAAAGCCAACGCGCCGUGGGUGACUUCUGUCGCUUCUUACCGCUACUCCGAUUUAUUGGCUUCUGGCUCCAACACGGGAUUUAUCAAACUUUGGAGGCUUGAGCCUAACAAGACGCUCUCCUCCAUUUCUGACCUUCCUUGUGUUGGUUAUGUUAAUUCGUUACAGUUUUCAGCGUCAGGAACGAUACUUGUAGCUUCCGUAGCGCAGGAACAUCGCCUCGGCCGCUGGGAAAAUCGGUCUAGUACUGUGACCACAGAAACAUUGCCUUCCGGAGACGCUCCUUUAGUGAAAAUCAAUGGAAGAGCAGCCGUAGUCAAUCGAUUCACUAUUAAAUUGUUGACGAAAGCUGCUAAGUUUUGUAGCACUCUACUCUGGUUGACGACUCUUCCUGAGUUCAAAGGAUGCAGGCUUGAUCCUUCCUCGUUGGAGGAUCGAGCUUGUACUAUAAUACUAGUAACAGACUAUGCUUGGGCUGUGUCGCGGCUCGUUACUGCUCAUUUCGUCACUGGCUUAGCUGCAUUGUACAGACUAGUGUCUGUUACUAGUACUAUAGUUAGACUAUAG